AUGUCCGAUGAUGAUAAUAAAUUAAAAUCGCCGAUCGUUGGAUCAACACGAGUCGAAUAUAAAGUUCCUCUGAUCGAAAAAUCCGAUGAGAUGGGAUCGAUCGAUUACGACGAGGAGGAUUCGAUUAUUGAAAGUUUAUGCGACUCGCCGUCUUAUCCUAAUUUUCAAGUAUAUUUAAAAAUUAAACCAAAGUCAACAAGAAUUUCAAGUAAUACAGAAUCGAUCGAAGAUAAUGAAAAUUAUUACGAGAUAUUAAAUUCUACGACACUGAUAACGAGAUUCAAGGCUAACGUAAAUCGAAAUAAUUCAAGAUAUCUUUUGGCCAACGUUAAGAAGAAUGAUAAUAACUUGAUUGAUCGUAAUACUGCCAAAAGAUAUUACUUCACGAAGAUAUUUCGAUCUGACAUAUCGCAAGAGGAAUUUUUCGAGGAGAUUAUGAAAAAACGUAUCGUCGAUUUUUUAAAUGGACAAAAUUCAACGAUAAUGACUUAUGGAACGACAAAUUCUGGAAAGACUUAUACCCUUCAUGGUACAUCAGAUAAACCUGGUUUAAUUCCACGUACAAUCGAGGAUAUAUUUUCAUCUAUUAAUUGUACCCUUAUGCCUUGGUAUAAACUUUAUUCCAAUAAUACGUUGAUAAGCCUUGACGAUAAAGAAAGAUUGGAGGAGUCCGAAAAGAAAAUGAAAUUAUUGAGAUCGCCAUUGAUAAAUAACGAAAGAUUUAUGGAAGCAAGAAAAUCAUUGGAAAAUUCGGAAAGAUCGAAUACAAUAGGAUCGGAAAGAAAACGUUUAGAGUGUAAUGGAUUAACGAUGAUCUAUGUAACUACGCCAUUCGAGGCAUGUCAAAUUUUCAUUGCCGGUCAAUCGAGAAUGAGUACAACGUUUACUACGUUAAAUCCUAAAUGUUCGAGAUCUCAUACGAUAUUUACAAUAGGAUUGUUGAAGUAUCAAAAGGAAUAUGCGCCUCAUGAAACAGAAGCUAGUACAUUGACAUUUUGUGAUUUAGCUGGUUCUGGACGAUCGAAAGAAUUAAAUGAAUUAAAUGCCGAGAGAUUGAAGGAGACUAAAAAUAUUAACAAAAGUUUAUUGGUCCUUGGUAGAUGUUUAAAAACUAUUCGAAAAAAGCAGAGAAAAGAAUCGAUGAAAUGUAUAAAUGAUCAUUUGACCGGUCCAUUUCGUGAAUCGAAAUUAACGAGGAUAUUUCAAAGGGCAUUGUCCGGCAAUGAGCACGUGACCUUUUUAGUUAAUAUCGAUACUUCGUCGGUAUUUAUAAAUGAAAUUAAAAGUAUAUUGAAAGUAUCGUCUCUGAAAGUAGCGUCGAAAAUAACGCCGGAUACGAAAGAAUCGAAUUUAAAAUUUAUCCUAAAGGAAUCCAAUUGUAAUACUUCGAGGAUCAAUGAAUCCAUCAUUUCGAAUGAAUUUAAAUCAUUUAGUACGAUAAACGAUGAGCAUAAGUCAAUUAUUGUUAGUCAAGAAAAUGUCAUCAUUGAAUCCGAUAAAGAUCGUCGUAAUGAUCACGAGGAAAGUUCGAAAAAUGUUUCGAUCAUCGAUGAUCAUAUAAAAAAUAUUUCAGAGGAACGUAUAUACGAUCUACAAGCUGAAAAUAUUCGAGCUAUUAGAAGAAGGAUACGAGAUUUGAUAAAUGAAUUGAAUAAUUUGCAACGUGAGAAUAUAGUCAUGAUUGAAAAUAAAAAAUAUUAUACGGAAUUGGUACUUAUUAAAAGAGAAUUAAAGGAUUAUAAGGAUCACGAUAAACUUGAAAUCAAUUCGAAAUUGAAUAUAUGCGAUAACAUUGUUGACAAUGAUAUUGAUAAUUUAACGAUUAAAUUGAGGAACGUUAUAGACGAGAAAAAUGGAUUUAUCGAUGAAAAUAAAUCGGAUUUGAGGAUGUAUCAGAACGUAGAAGUGGAUGAUUCGAUUAAUGACGAAUUAAAUGAAAUAAAUGAAUUGAAAAAGGAACUUACGGAAAAGACGAUUGAUAUAAAAGCAUUGACGUUACAAUUGGAAUCGUGUGAGAGAGAAUUGAAUGAGACCGAAGUUGCGUGUAAGGAUGCCGUGAAUAGGAACGACGUAUUGUUGAAAAAGAUCGAGGCAUUGGAAAAUGUUGUUAGAUAUAUGGAAUGUGAAAGAAAGGAUAUGUAUACGCCACAGCCGCCAUAUUAUUUGGAGGAGAUAUCAUUCGUUGAUAACGAUCAUUCUCAAAUUUAUCAUUCUCAAUUGGAAAGAAUUCAUUCGAAUACCGAUGAAAGAUUGUCAUCUAUCACGGAUAUAUUAUAUUUUGGUGAUGGUACGAAUAAUGAACCAACGGAUAUGAUCGUUCAGGCUCACAAAAAUUUCAUUCAUACGGAUCUUACAUACGUCAUCGAUAAUAACAAAGAGAAUAACAAAGAUCUAUUGGAAUUUUCUUUAAAUGAAUUAAGAUCGAGCUAUGAAAGUAGUAAAAAUGAUUCUGGCAUUGUAAUCGAAGAGUCUGUCGUUGAUUGGAAAAAGGAAAUUUCUAAUGAUACGAAUGAUAGGAAAAAUGUAAAUAUGUCGAUUUUACGAGAAGAAUCGAAAGAAUUCGAGAAAGUAUCGAAAUCAUUGAACGUGAAAAUGUACGAAAAGGAAAGAUCAAUGCUGAAUGAUGGAUCGAACGAUGGAUCGAUAUUAAUGAAAGAAAUUAAUGAAGAAAAUGAAGAAACUGAACUCGUAACGAGAAAAUCUUUUCGAUCUCUCAACAUUAAAUGUCAAUCCUUGGAGGAUCUGUCGCAAUGGUUGAAGCAUAGAUUGGAUCUACAAAUGGCAUAUUGUAGGAUAGAACAUUUGUCGAAAUUGACGAAUCUCAAGAGAGAUUUAUCGUCGAAAACGAUUGAUUUGAAUGUGGCUAAUGAAAAACUAAUCACUGCCAAUAACGAUUUGAACAAAUUAAACGAUUUAACAAAUAAAUUGAACGAUUUAACGAUUAUCGUCGCUGAAUGUAACGAAGAUAGGAAAGAACUUUACGAUAAAUUGCAGGAACGUACGGAGAUGCAAUUAAGUUUGGAAAUGAAAUUGAAAUAUUUCGUAUCUUUGUUAGAGAAGAAGGAUGAGAUGAUAACAAAGGAAUUAAUAAAUUCCGAGGAAUUACGUAUAGAGUUAGAAAAGAAUUCGAUAAAGGAAAUUGACAAUCUUAAAUCACAAUUGACGAUUUAUGAGAAUAAUGGUAUGUUAUUAAAGCGUACCGUCGAUGAUCUUGACGAUAAGAAGGAUGAAUUGAUACGCGUUAAAACCCAAUUGCUUCGUAAGGAACGUGAAAUGAGUUUGUUCAAGAGUAACAGAGAUGCCACCAUUAAGAAGUAUGAAUUUUUGGUUAAACAAUUGCAAGAGGAAAUAGAUAAGUUUAAGGAUCAAUCGCGUUACGAGUCAACUACGUCGAUGAUAUCCGAUGGGAUUAAAAAAGAAACGUCCAAUUGUUCGAUUAAAACGCGCAACAAGUUCAAAGUAUCCGAAUCAUUGAAGAAAUUAACACGUACGGGUUUUACGAAGAGUAACACCGAUCGUAAUUGGAAAACUAAUUAUCUUCGUAGAAAAUCGACGGACGAAAAGUCAGUUGCAUCGACAUCGAACUUUUCUGUAUCUAAAGUUUCGAGCUAUAAUGAGAGUAACAACAUGGAAUCCAUCUCGUCGGACAAUAAUACAAAGUUUAUCGAUGAAAAGGAAUUAGAUCGUACGUCAACGAUCGAUCGAACAGAAAGUGACGUAGACUCGAACGAAUCAUUUUCACGUGGUGCGAUCAUUAACGUUAAUUCCGAAGAAGGAACGUACGAUGAUUACGACGAUACCGACGAUGAUUCCGACGUUAUCUCUUGUAAAUCAUCAAUACGUAAUAACAGCAAAAUGUCCGGUUGGAUGAGAAUAAGAAGAAUCGAUGCCAGAACUGUCUUGACACAUUGUUCGGACAUUGAACUCGACGACGUUGAAGAUCGAUCCGAUGAUUCAGCUUAA